GGAAAUUAAAAAUAUUUUAAAGAAAAAAUAAAAUACAGUAUUUAAUUGCAAGCAUAUCGUUGUAUGUGCACAACAACUACAAAGAAAAAAACAAAUGAAAAUAAACCAAAAAUAAGAUACUUUUGUAUCUGUUUGUUGGUGCUGGUCAUCGGCGUCAAACGUUUCAAAAAAAAAGGCAAAAAAGUUACAAAGUUUUACCACCCCUGAUUUGUGCAAAAAUUUAACAAAACAAAAGUUGAUUCCUGUAUUGCCGUCAUCGCCAAAUUGAGGGGCCAUUUGCAGUUUUCGUUGUUGCAUACACACUCUGUGAACAAAUUUUUGAAGAAAUCCUCCUCUAUAUUUACAAAAAAGUGCAGUUCAAUUUGGGUUAAUGACAUAUGAGAAAUUAACCUUGAAAAGUGAAAAAAAGUAUAAGAAGAAUUUGAAAAAAUUUCCCUGUGUUAAUAUUUUGAACGUAAAUUUUUUCGGGAAUUUAAUAUACGAACCAAGAGCACAAGUAAACAUCUUUAUUGAAGAAUCAAACGUUCAAGGCUAUACAUUGUGUAAAUUAGAUAACUAAAAUAAAAAAAACGAAAUCAGCCAAGGAUAAAAAUGCAAAGAAUUAAAACCAUGUUAAAUGAACGCCUCCAGGUGGAGAGCAGAGUGCAACAGUUGAAGGCCUUUCCAAAAAAUACAUCCUUUCAAAGUGCUGUGGCCGCUCUAGUCUCUGUGGGAUUAUUAUCAUGGUUGCACAUACGUCCCUUGGGUCUUUUAUUUUUGCUGAUAUUUGGUUUUUGGUUUUACAAGACCCGCCUUAAUAUACGCAUACAAACGCCUCCCGAACUACAUAAGCAUUUACAGCAAAUCCAAGAACGUUUAUUGGAGUGGCGUCAAACCCGACCGGCAAUGUUUAGUGCUGUUGCAAGCAGUGCCCUGGGCGCUUUGGCCGUUGUGGGUCACUUUGUCACCGGCUCAAUGGCAGUGGUGGCUGGACUUAUAAUAGCCGUUGUCAUUUCAACCAAAUAUAAUUUCAAAAUAAUGAAGGUGGAACCGAGUGAAAUCCCCGAUUGGCCAGAAAAAAUAUAUCCCGAUAACGAAAUGGAUGACGAAUUUAUGCCCGAAGUCAAUGAGACCAACAUGUUCCUUUUGGAGAGAGCCAGUGACUUGGCCUCCCUCACCUCACCCACUGAAGAUGGUGAAAAUGAGGAGGACAAAAGUGACGAGGUACCCUCAGAACUGUUGAUACCCGAUCCCAUACCCGAAAUCGAUGAAAACUCUACAGACGAGGAACAAGAUGAUCUAAUGCCUAUUGUCAGAUCGCCAGCACCACCACCAAUAACAGAUUCAAAAAAUGCCAAAAUGUCAGCCUCAUCCACAGUGAAAUAUUCACAGGCAGGUGAUGCCAUAGAAUUUAAAAAGGGUCACUUUAAGCGUGACUCUUCGCUCUCCUCCACCUCGUCGGAGGAAAGUCUGUCCAAGGGACUGCAGUUUCCCGACCACACACAAGUGGAUGGUGGGGGCAGUAGCUCUAUCCGAGCCAUAGAUGCUGCUCCUUCUACAUCUACAUCGUCUCAAUAUGCUGCCCGCACUCAAGAUGAUCUAGCCUCGGAGAUGGUUUCGAUGGCGGUGAAAGCACAAAGUCAAGCUCUGUUUGCCAACAGUUCCAAGCUGAUACCGGAACUGGUGUCCAGUUUGGUGCAAAAUGUACUGGGCACCAGUGGUACCGCGGGGGGACCAAUGGUUAUACCACCCAAACGUGUGCUGUCCACGAAUAUGGAUUCUUCGGAUGAGAGUGAUUUUGAGAUUGUCGAAGAUGAAGACUUUAAAUAAUCGCCCAACCCAGCCAAAAUCCAAAACACACCAGCACCUUGACAUACAUAUUUUUCAUAAUAAGGCAAAACUGCAAAAAACAACAACAACAACAAAACCCAUUAGGACAUACAUACAUACUAUGUAUAAGAGAAAUUUGAAAGAAAAUUUAUUAAAUCUGUGAAUUAUA